GGGCUGCAGCAGUCCCCGGUACUCGGUGACGGGAGUAGAGUAGCACCGUGGAGGGCGGGCUGGUGAGUACGGGGGAAGAGGAGGGCGGGGAGUAGAAUGGGACCCCGACCUCGAUAAGUCGCAGGCGUCGCUGCUUCUUCCUCCGUCGCAGCCGCGCCCACACCGCUCUGUGACGCCUCUGAAACUCACGAAUCUCAGACCAGGUGUCCAUUUCUAGUCUGCCUUCGCGACGACAAAACGUGUGCAGACGUUUGGUGUGCUCUUAUUAGGGUUAUUGAAGGUCGAAGGUCGAAUACACCAAAAAGCAGAAGUUGUAACGCCAUGUCUAUUCUGAACAUCGAGGACAAGGAUCCGUUCGCGGACGGGAAGUUGAGCAGUGCCGUGGGUGGCGGGGGAGACGAGUUGAUCCACAUCCGAAUCCAGCAGCGAAACGGACGUAAGACUCUCACCACGGUCCAGGGUAUCCACGAGAAGUUUGACAAGAAAAAGAUCGUCAAGUACUGUAAGAAGGAGUUUGCCUGCAAUGGGACGGUGGUCCAGCACCCAGAGUACGGAGAGGUCAUCCAGCUCACCGGAGACCAGAGGAACCACAUCUACGAGUUUCUCCUCCAGGUCGGCUUCUGCACCAAGGACCAGCUGAAGCUGCACGGAUUCUGAAGAUUUGACGGCUUUUCACACCAUGAUUCCAUUGUGUGUUUGUGUACGUGUCUGUUAAUAUCACUGUCUGCUUGCCAAUGAUGAGAUGAACCUGUUCAUUGACUCAGUAUCAAUGGGUCAGGGUUGACUAUUGUAAGAGGAUAUAAUUAUUACCGACGGUGAGUUA